GCGAGUCCAAACGAAUUCGCAAGUUUAGCACAGGCUCUCCAUUCUGAGUCUCGCUCCUUGGGAACCUCUCUCUGUCUCUCACAUGUGGAGUGGAUCGAUCGAGUUUUCCAGCUUCAGGAGAAGACGAGAAUGGACAUGAAACUGUAAGUUUUACUGCCGAACUCAGAGGAGAAAGGAGCCAGCCAUGAAUCUGCAGGUAUUGCAGCAGACGGCGUUGGGGGUUCUGAUUUUGUGCAGUAUCUGGAUCUGCUGUGAUGCUCUCUAUGAGGAUCAAGUUGGAGUGUGGGAUUGGCACCAGCAGUACAUUGGGAAAGUGAAGCAUGCCGUCUUUCAGACACAAGGCAGCGGAAGGAAGCGCGUCAUUGUUGGGACCGAGGAGGAUGCUAUAGCAUCCCUGAAUCUACGGACAGGGGAAGUUUACUGGAGGCGUGUUUUGGGGGAAGGCGACUCAGUUAACGCGUUGGAUAUCAUUAAUGGAAAAUAUGUCAUUUCACUGUCCAAGGAUGGCAGCAAUGUCAGAGCUUGGCAUCUCCCCGAUGGUGCUCUUGUGUGGGAAUCUCUUCUUCUACCAUCUAUGGGAUCUGUCGCAAGUUUACUCGUUCUACCUGUAGAUAUCAACAACGACAGGAUGAAUGACAUGCUUAUUUUCAGCGGAAGUAUGCUUUAUGCUCUUUCCUGUCACGAUGGGGGUAUUAUUUGGAAAGCAGAUUUGCAAGCCUUAAGGGAGGAUCUUGUCAUAAAGAAAGUAAGCUUGUCAUCUGACGGUACACUUUUUGGAGUGGGUUUUUCGGACGUUUCUGGAUUGGUUAUUGUUGAAAUCGAUCUGCGAUUUGGUCACAUAAGAAAAAUCAAUCCAGUUGGCAUAUCUAAAGCUCUGGACACGAAGGAGCUUAUGCUUGUCAACGGCGUUGCAGUGGCAUUGGAUGCCGCCUUUACGACUGUCGUGACAGCCCUUAUCAAAACUGGCGGUGAUGUCAAAAUUGUUGAGACUCUCUUAUCGGAUCUUGUGUCUGCCGAAGUGAAGAGUGCUCAAAUUUUAUCCACAACUUUGGAAGGAGCCGUGGCUUUUCAAGUGAAUGGAAAAGUUGUUGUGGUUAAAGUUGAUUCAGCGACUGGUCAGUUGGAUGUUUUGGAAGUAUUUGAGAGCUCUGUCGUUCUCAGCAACAGUUUGAACGUUGUAGAAAGCAAGCACGCAACGGCUAUAGUUGAACCAACCGAGGACGGAGGCAGUAUCGGGAAGUUCUCUCUUAGAGUGGUCUAUGCAAACAGUUGGAGUGUGGAUGCCGCGAAGGACAGUGUCAGUUUGGAGUCACAUCGAGGUCUUAUAAGGAAGGUCUUCUUGAAUGCCUACCUUCGGACAGACAGAAGCUAUGGUUUUAGAGCUUUAGUUGUCGGGGAAGAUGAUUCUUUGUCUUUGUUACAGCAAGGAGAGGUUGUAUGGACGCGGGAGGACGGGCUUGCUUCCAUUAUCGAUACAUGGACUAGUGAGCUCCCUCUAGAACGAGACAGACAUCCCGUGUCUGAGGUCGAGCACGAUCUGGCGGAUUGGCUCAGGGGUCACUGGCUGAAGCUGAAGGCUACCUUAUUCUUGGCCAGCGCAGAAGAACUCGCCGCAGUCCAGGCUUUGCGUUUGCAUAGCUCUGAUAAGACGAAAAUGGCCAGGGACCAUAAUGGGUUUCGCAAGCUCUUGAUUGUAUUGACGAAGGCUGGCAAGGUCAUUGCAUUGCACACCGGUGAUGGUCGAAUAGUUUGGUCUGUUCUUCUGCCUAGUCUGCGUGCUGAGUCUGGAAUAUCCAAAGUUCCGCUUAAGUUAAUGCCAUGGCAAGUUCCUCAUCAGCAUGCCUUGGAUGAAAAUCCGGUUGUUUUGGUAGUAGGAAGGUCCAAAGGAAUUAGUGAUAGCACCGGGAUACUCUCUUGGGUGGACGUAUACAAAGGCAAGGAGCUAAGGUCUUCAAAGCUUAACUUUCCCGUCAAACUUAUGAUUCCUCUUCCUUUCACCGAUACUUCAGAACAACGCCUUCAUCUUUUCAUAGACGACAAACAAAAAGCUCACGUGUUCCCAGCGACCGAAGAAAGUCUAUCGUUGUUUCUGAAGCACAAAGCAAAUGUGGUCUACCAUAUAGUCGACAAGGAAAAGGGUACCAUUGUUGGCUACACUAUAAAAAAUAUGGUUGAUGGCAUCACUGAAGGAGAGACAGAUGGCCAUGUAUUCCAUACAGAGCCAAUAUGGUCAGUCAUAUUUCCAUCAGAGACUGAAGUGAUCUCAACUGUCGUCACACGAAGACCGGACGAGGCUGUGCAUACUCAAAGCAAGAUCCUUGGUAGCCGGGACGUCCUGUACAAGUAUCUCAAUAAGAAUAUGAUAUUCGUCGCUACUGUGACACCCAAAGCAGCCCAACAUAUUGGAAGUGCCACUCCGGAAGAAGCAGGACUCGUUGCUUAUCUUAUUGAUACAGUGACAGGUCGAGUUUUACAUCGUGUGUCGCAUCCAUUUAUGCAAGGGCCGGUUCAUGCGGUCUUCAACGAGAAUUGGGUUGUUUAUCACUACUUCAAUCUGAAGAUGUAUCGGUAUGAGAUGUCAGUAAUUGAGAUCUACGAUCAAAAUCGCAUGGGCGACAAAGGAGUGUUACAGUUGAUGCUAGGCAGGCAUAACGCGAGUUCUCCUGUUUCAUCGUAUUCUAUCCCAAGCAUAGAAGUGAAAACUCAGACCUACUUCUUCACAUUUAGUGUGAAGGCCAUGACCGUAACUUCUACCGCACGAGGGAUUACAGGAAAGCACAUCCUCGUUGGAACCGUGAAUGACCAGGUGCUCGCUUUAGACAAACGUUUCUUUGACCCGAGGCGAACCGUGAGUCCCUCACAAGCUGAGCGAGAAGAGGGAAUCAUCCCUUUGACUGAUGCGAUCCCCAUUUUUCCUCAGUCUUAUAUCACGCAUGUGCAUCAAGUCGAAGGAUUGAGAGGUAUCCUGACAGUGCCUGCACGUCUGGAGUCGACCUCCCUUGUUUUCACUUACGGCCUCGACUUGUUCUUUACGCGGACGGCUCCUUCUCGGACAUAUGAUUCUCUAACCGAGGACUUUAGCUAUGCUUUGCUGCUAAUUACAAUUGUGGCCCUCAUUAUCGGUAUAGUCGUUACUUGGAUACUUUCAGAAAGGAAGGAACUCGGAGAGAAAUGGAAGUGAUCAUUAGGGAGUCAGCGUUCCAUUGAAAUUCCAAGCUCCGACCGUUUACAGACAAGUCUGAAAAGUCAUUUGCAAGAAUUGAGGAAGGAGGGAUACUCUCUGCCGGCUUCUUAGAUAGUCAGUGACAGAGUCGUGGGGGUUUCCUCAGUCAUGCCGAAUUGAGGAUAACAUGAGGUCUUCAUCCCUGGUCAGAACAAGAUUACUCGAAUUUAUGCGAGAGAAGAUUCAGAGACCUUUGUAGUCCACCAAACCGUCGAGGUCAUUAGGCAGCGUUACUGCCAAGUGCCUUAAAAGAGCACUUCACGUCGAGGACAUACCCCCUCAUUCACUGUUCUAGAAGAUUUUGCGGAGAAGUAAACGAAAUCAGGGCUUCAGUCUUUCUGUAUGUCCUUUCACGGGUUGCGAGGUGAAACCCCGCAACCCGUGACCGUUGGAAUGGGGCUUUGCUGUGGUCUAGUUUUGUGGAACUGUAUGGCGAUAAAGGGA